GAUGUCUAUGUAGUCGCCUACCAAUUUAUGCUACAUAUUUCUGAAACACCCUCUAGCCCUAAACGACAAGAUUACUGUCAAAGUUUUUUCCAAUUUUUAGCAAACGUCAAAUUUCCAUGCACUUAUUUUUUUCAUUUUUUAAGGUGAUUUAGAGUGUAUUUCCAAAUUUCAGGUCCAAUAUGGCGGGUACAGCAAAGACUCUUUUUCGUGUUGUCACCGAACCGUGUCCUCAAACGUCGAACAAAGUCACUGUGGUUGGAACAGGGCAGGUGGGAAUGGCCACCGUUUUUAGUUUAUUAUCUCAGGGCGUAUCAAACGAUGUUUGCCUCAUAGAUAUGAUGGCGGAUAAACUGCAAGGUGAACUUAUGGAUCUGCAGCACGGUUCACUGUUUUUGAAAAAUCCAAAAAUCACAGCUAGUAAAGAUUAUAGAAUAUCAGCGGGCUCGAAAUUAUGUAUCGUCACGGCUGGUGUUCGACAGCAAGAAGGCGAAAGUCGUCUCAAUCUAGUCCAGAGGAACACAGAUGUUUUCAAGCACAUCAUUCCCAGCUUGGUGCAAUACUCACCGAAUACCAUCAUCGUAAUUGUUAGUAACCCGUGCGACAUUUUGACGUACGUGGCAUGGAAACUUAGCGGCCUCCCGGUGUGCAAGGUCUUAGGAUCCGGCACCAAUUUGGACUCUUCGAGAUUUAGAUUUUUGAUUUCGCAAAAAUUGGGAUGCAGUACCAGCAGCGUGCAUGGGUGGAUCAUUGGCGAACACGGUGAUAGUAGUGUUCCCGUCUGGUCUGGGGUAAACGUAGCCGGUGUCCGUUUAAAGGACAUCUCUCCUAAGAUGGGCACCGACGAUGAUCCGGAAAAUUGGAAAUCCAUUCACAAGGACGUCAUCCAGUCUGCGUACGAAAUUAUCAAACUGAAAGGUUUCACCAAUUGGGCAAUUGGAUUGAGUGCUGCUGCACUCGCUAACACAAUUUUGUCAAAUCAGCAUAACGUGCAUGCUGUAUCCGUAAUGGUCAAGGGACUUCAUGGAAUCGACGAAGAAAUGUUUUUGUCCUUGCCAUGCGUGUUAGGUAACAGUGGCGUCGAAAGUAUUAUUAAUCUACGAUUGAGCGAAGAAGAAGAAAUACAGUUCCAAGCGUCUGCGGCAGCAAUGCAUGAGGCCUUAAAGGAUGUAAAAUCUCUAGAUCUUAAUAAGAAAUAGAAAAUUGGCAGAUGUUGUAUCUUGAUUAUUUGAUGUGAUGAAAAAAUUUAUACUGGACUUUGUUUAAAACUCUUUUUAAAUUUUAAUGGUCCCAAAUAUAAAUCUUGCAGUUGCCCAAAGAUAAGUACCAAGAACCAGUUUUGAGUUAAUUUUAUCAUAAAUAAACGUCCCUUAAGCGCAACAACUAUAUACCGCAAGAUUCAAAAACGUCAAAAACUGUGUACCUGACAUAAAUGAUGUUCAACUUUUUUACUAAAUGAUUUCUCAGGG